CGUGCGGCGGCUUCCCUGCGGCUGCUUGGGGUCGGAGCUUGUGGCCCGAGCGUGAGUCGGUGUCCGGGGCUAGCCCCGCGGUUCCGAGCGGAGAAGGAAUUCCGGCGCCUGUCCGGGUUGGCAGCUGACAGGACUCUUUCGGCGGUGGUGAUGCUCUGAUGUAACGUAGCGCUGCGUUGAGCUCCCUCUGUUCGGUGUGAUGGGUGAGCUGAGAAGCUGUUGAAGCUUAUAUGGAAUACUUCUACUGAUCAGUAGUAGCCCAGAUGAAAUAAGCAUGUCCUAAGAUGGCAGUAGAUCUGGAAUAUGAACCAGCCUACAGAAGUGAGUUGAUGCCAGAUUUGUGAGUCUUGAUGGCUCUCACUUACUCUGUCUCUAAAACCAAAGCCCUCUUUUUACCAAAGCAAUACAGGAAUGGUGCACAGUUUGAUUACAGAAUGCUCUUUCCAAGGAAGUGAACUGUGAAGGAAGGACUCAUGAGUUUUGAUCCCAGGGGCUUGGAGAGCGUCCCUGAUGGCUGCUCCAAUGAGGACCUUCCUGAGGUGGAGCUGGUGAGCAUGCUGGAGGAACAGUUGCCAGAUUACAAGUUACGAGUGGACUCUCUGUACCUGUAUGAAAAUCCAGACUGGAUUCAGCCCACAACUUGCCAUGGCCGGCUGCCAGAGAUCGCUUCUCCAGCUCAUGAGGAGGACUCCUUCCAUUACAUGACUCUUAUUGAACUUCCUUCCUCCUCCUUGGACGGAUCUCACAAAUUUGCACAAGUUCUUGGCACAGAUAAUGUGGAGCAGAAAGACUACAGUCAAGCUGACAUGGUCAAACGUCUGUUAGCUGAGAAAGAUCGGGACCUGGAACUGGCAGCGCGAAUUGGUCAAGCCCUCCUUAAGCGAAACCAUCUGUUGAUGGAACAGAAUGAAGCACUGGAAGAGCAGUUAGGACAGACUCUAGACAGAGUUAACCAGCUGCAGCAUGAGCUGUCAAAGAAGGAUGACCUGCUGCGUAUCGUUUCCAUCGCUUCUGAGGAGAGCGAGACAGAUUCCAGCUGUUCCACACCACUGCGUUUCAACGAGUCUUUCACUGUCUCCCACGAUCCAUUGCAGCUGGAUGUCCUGCAGGACAAACUCCGAGAGCUGGAGGAGGAGAACCUGGCUCUGCGAUCCAAGGCUUGCCAUCUGAAGUCAGAAACCAUUACAUACGAAGAGAAGGAACAGCAGCUGGUCAAUGACUGUGUCAAAGAACUCAGGCAAACAAAUGCUCAGAUUUCCAGAAUAACAGAGGAGUUGUCAGAGAAGAGUGAGGAGGUGAUUCGCUACCAGGAAGAGAUCUCAUCCCUUUUGUCCCAGAUUGUUGAUCUUCAGCAUAAACUCAAAGAAAAUGUGAUUGAGAAGGAGGAGCUGAAACUUCACUUACAAGCCUCCAAAGAUGCUCAGAGACAACUGACAGCAGAGCUCCACGAGUUGCAAGAUCGGAAUGCAGAGUGUCUGGGGAUGUUGCACGAGUCCCAGGAAGAAGUGAAGUUGCUGCGCAGCAGAGCCAGCUCUGUCGCUUGUCUCUGCCACCUGCAGUCCCGUGGAGCAUUUCCUGUGGAUUCCCUUGCAGCAGAAAUUGAAGGGACAAUGCGGAAGGAAUUGAGUCAGGGUGAUGAAUCUGUUCUCUCCAAGCAAAAGGGUCAACAGAAACGAGUGUUUGACACUGUCAAGAUUGCUAAUAUCAUCCGUAGCCGCUCCUCUUCCUUUCCUGCCCCGUUGCCAAUCCCUGGAUCAAAUCGCUCGAGUGCUGUUAUGACAGCAAAGCCCUUCCAAUCUGGUGUGCAUCACUUGGAGAGCCACACACAGAUGGUCCCAGGGAGCAGCUCUGAGAAGAAUAUGAAAGACACUCUCAGUCCUGGCCAGCCCGGAACCCCUGGAGACAAUGACCUGGUCACAGCUCUGCACAGGCUCUCCCUGCGUCGUCAGAACUACCUGAGUGAGAAGCAGUUCUUUGAGGAGGAGUGGGACCGAAAAAUGCAUUUGCUGUCUGAGCAGAAAGAAGAGGCUAGUGGCUGCAGUACACCGACAGGAAGCUCUUUUUCCCCAAGUACAAACUCAGAAUUCACAGAUCUCUCUGCCAGCUCUAGUAAUCUCCGUGUUCUCCUACCAGAGAAGUUGCAAAUUGUCAAACCCAUUGAAGGAUCUCAGACCCUUUUUCAUUGGCAGCAGCUUGCUCGACCCAACCUAGGCACCAUUCUUGACCCAAGACCAGGUGUUGUUACUAAAGGCUUUACCCCUCUGUCUGAUGAUACUGUGCACCACAUCUCUGACCUGGAGGAAGAUGAUGAGGAAGAGGAUGAAGGCGGUAUAACAUUUCAAGCACAACAGUCCUUCCCAGAGGAAAAGAAAUGUGCAUUGGCAAAGCCAGUGGCAGGGAUUUUCCUGCCACCUAUUACUUCAGCAGCAGUACCACUCACUGCCUCAAAUCCAGGGAAGUGUCUAUCUUCAACAAAUUCCACAUUUACCUUCACUACCUGUAGGAUCCUUCACCCAUCUGAUGUCACUCAAGUUACUCCCAGCUCCAUGAGUGCUCCGUUUUCACUGGGAAAUACUGGCAGCAGUACUGGAAACCCAGUAGUGAGCACUCCAGCUGUUCCUUACAGACUCAGUAUUGGAGAAUUUCUCACCAACAGAAGAGACUCAACUACUACUUUCAGCAGCACAAGCAGCCUGGCUAAACUUUUGCAAGAACGAGGCAUCUCUGCCAAGGUUUAUGACAGCCCCAUGUUAGAAAAGCUGCCUUUGCUACAACCCUCUCGAACUCUUCCCAUUCCUUCUACUCCACCAAAUUCUCCUUCACGUUCACCUUGUCCUUCCCCUCCGCUGUUUGAGCCUCGAGUGCAUCACUCAGAGAAUUUCCUGGCUUCUCGACCAGCAGAAACGUUCUUGCAGGAAAUGUAUGGCCUAAAGCCCUCCCGUAACGUCCCAGACGUAGGCCAGCUGAAGAUGAACCUCGUGGACAGACUGAAGAGGCUGGGCAUUGCCAGGGUGAUCAAGUCCCCAGAAACACAGGGCCAUAGCAAGAACCAGGGGCCAGAGGUUGGCUUGCAGAGGCAUGACUCAGCUGGGUUUUUAAAUGCAGGUAGCAACUUAAUGGCGGGACUGAGAAGAAACCAGAGUCUUCCAGCCAUGAUUGGAGCACUGGGAGCUCCUGUUUGCACACAGUCAUCAAAAAUGGAUAUACUAAAGGAAGACUAACUGACCUGAAAGGUGUUUGACUUAGAGCACAGUAAAUAAUUUGAGGGAUGAACAUCCAGUACAGGCAUUGUUAGGUGUGUUAUGGAAGAGUUGGAGAAGGUACGUGCAUGUUAAAAUGUGGGAGAGAGAAGCGUUGGGAUCAAGGAGCAAAGAAACAUUGCUUGGGUUUGAGGAAGGUUUUUGUGGGAGAUAGGUAAAACCAAAGCUUUAUUUCAAGUCCCCCUUCAGCAUCUUGUCUUAGUCAGAAGUGAAGACUAUUCUAGACAUUAAAGGGUUUUAACCCUUUAACCUUUAUGUGUAGGCAUUUUCUUUUUUUCCACCAUAUACCCAUAGUAUUUACUAGUUGUUUGCAGUCAGGCUACAUCAUUUAAAUAUAAUAUUAAAAUGUCAGUCUGACCAGCAUUAUCAUCCCAAGUUCCUCUCUGCAGCAAACAAAUGUGAAAACUUGGAUUUGUUUUUGUUUUAUUCUUUUAUUUUCCGUUUCAGAAACUGUGCUCUUUUGAACUCCUCCUCACUUUGAGAAGUGGGGGAAAGAACCUUUAGGUCUGUGUAAGAAAGUAAUACUUCAGUUUACAAACACAGGAUUUAUAUUUUGACAGUGCAAUUAUGUUAGUGAGAUAUUAACAGACGUUAAUUUCUUUCCUGAGCUUGAGAACAAAGCACACAGAGAAAUGUGCAAGGAAUAAGAAUUAAUCAGCAGGAAAGUGUGUGUUGGGGUGAAAAUGUCAAACUAAGAAAUCUUUCUGAAAUGUAGUAUGCAUCUGUUUAAAUGAGGUUAGUUUUGUGCACACACACACACACAAAUAUCUCAGGCACAUUUCAGCAUUGCAAAAGGAAAUAAACCCUAGGUGCUUGAUUCAGGGUUCCUUUUUAAAGACUUAAAUGGAGGGCAUUUACUUCAAGGAAAGUGUUGGAAAUUCAGAAAACUGUCUCUUGUCUUGCCAAGUACACAUCCUGUAUAUUUGAGAGUUCUCUAUUGAACUUUAUGCCUUUCAUCCAUUAAUUUUAUGCAAGAUUUUGUUUAAAAGAUUUCAUUAAGAGCAAAAUUUUCCAGUCUCUAUAUAGAAACAGAAAGAAAAAAGCUGGUGUUCUUUGUAGCAUUUUAAUGAAUAUUGAAAUCCAGUGGUCAGUGAGGGAGGGUGGUUCUGAACAUAGCUGAGGCAGACUUUCCAACUCAGAAAAGAACUUCAAUUUAGAAAUCCGGUUUCUGAGUGUUAAUCAUCAAAAUAUUACUGCCCAUGCUGCUUUUUUGGUUCCUUCCUGUCCAAGGGUCUAAUCAUAAGUGAACAAUCUACAACAGAUGUUUUGUGCAACUUAAGAAAACGUUGUUGUUGCUAGUGACCUGAAUUGAAACAGCUUCUUAGUCUUCAUGUAAAUUUUCACUGUACCUAUCAACAUUAUAAAAUUAUUUGUUUCCAUAUAAUUAGAUUAAACAGUUAAAUUUCCCUUGCCUGGUACCAUGUAAGUGGGGUAUAGCUGGCAGCUGUCUUGGGGUGUGGUGUGAAACAUCAGUGCAAUUACACCAAUUUGCAUUUGCCGUAAGGCAGUAAGGCACAUCCUCCAUAAUCAGCACCCUCGUUGCUGCAGGGGUGAGUGAAGUAGGGCAGGAAAAGAAAGCUUCUUGUUUAUGGGAAAUUUGUAAUGUGGCCUUUCUGAUUUUACAGUUCUAUAGAUCUUGUGAUGACUUUUUUUUUUUUUUUUUUUUUUUUUUU